UAGAAAACUUAUUUUUCUAUGAAACUGACGCUCUACCAUCCGCGUUCUGGCUCUUACUAGCUCGCGAUUAUUUGAAAUUUUUUUACAUGGGUUACCCUCGCCUCUCAUGAUUUGUAGUAUGUUUAUCACAUAAGAUGUUCAAAUAUAUUCCCCUCUUCUUGGAUACAUAAUUCCACUCUUCGUUGAAAAUGUCUAAUGGUAUUUAAUAAUACAUUUCUUGGAAUAUUUCGACAAACAGUCUCAAUCUUUUCCAUCAUAUUUUCUCUACUAGUCGUCUCCUGCUUAUAAACGAUAUUUUUUAAAUAGCCCCACAAGUAGAAGUCUAGCGACGUUAGGUCGGGUGAUCGCGCAGGCUAUGAAACGGGAUCACCACGUCCAAUCCACCUUUCAUUAUACUGUCUAUUUAGGAAAUUUCUGACGAUCCUUGCAAAAUGUGGCCCUGCUCCAUCUAACUGUAGCCACAUUCUUUGCCUAACAUGUAUUUCUACAUCUUCAAGCAAGAUCGAUAGUUCAUAUGUAAGGAAGUGCAGAAAAUUUUCUUGGUUAACCAUUCCAUCAAAAAAAUAAGAUCCAAUUAAGUGGCCAUCAAUUAUACCACACCAAACGUUAAUAUUCCAACGAUACUGAUCGUCUAUUUGUCUUUGCCAAUGAGGAUUAACAUACGUCAUAGCGUGUACGUGAACCGACGACGCACGAAUUUAGGCUACACGUAUACGCUAUGACGUAGCGGCUACGUUUGUGUUAGUAAGUUCCGUGGUAAGUGGUGGUUCCCAUUUCCCACGAUCUGACAGCUCUGAUACUGACAUCAAUGGUCAAGAGUACAAGUGGUGAGACAUCAAUGUCUGUCGCUGAAAGAAAAUUUGUUGCUGAAGCUUGGGUAAAAGCAACAAAACGUACAACAUUUAAUGAUUCAAAUAGGAGGCGCUCCUUUUUCCGAUAUUAUCAAGCUUUGCACAUGGGACAAUUCCUUCAAUCAAUUGAUUAUAAAAUACCAUCAUUUUUAGUGAACACUGCAUGUGCAUUGGGAAUGGAUUCCUUUAUUGACCAGCACAAAUAUGUUUCCAAAACUUAUACUGGAUAUUCUUGCUGCUAGCAAAAAUGGAGAUAUGUUAAGAGUUAAGAAUAUACAGGAUAAACU